AUGUCAGGUUUUUUCAGUCGACACAACAAAGCAAUUGUCUGCACUCUGGCAGCGUCUGCAGGAUUGUACUUCAUCUAUCGUUACUACAUUUAUAAGAAACAACAAAUCAGAUCUAGGGCGGAAGCUCUCGCAGGUAUAGAGUAUAGAAGAAGGAGAGUCGAAAAACUUGUGGAAUUACGUGACAAAUUGGUAUGUAUCUAGGGAAAUGAUUUUCAUACAUUUUUCUCUUAUUGUUAAUGACGGCACCGUCGUCAACAAUACAAAUUUUGACAACAUAUUUCAUUAUUUGAGCUUUUUCAUUUCUUAUCAAGUCUUAUCUAAAGUGUAGGCCAAUUUCUUUACAGAAUCACCUAAAAACUAAACGUUUAUUAUAUGAACUACAGUUAGAUGUUGAAACUUUAAAAGUUGUGCAGAGAUUUUACAUACUUCAGACAAUGAAGAAAAGUUUAUAGAAGAGUUUUUAAAUUUAUUUAUGAUCUUUAAAACCAUAGAAAUGAUCCAAAUGUUUCAAACGGAAGAGAAACUGUUGAGUGGCUUCACUUAAGGGUUUCAUUUCUAUGUAUGAUCUGUAAGAAUAAAAAUAGUUGUUGUCUAUUUGUUUUAAACAAUACCAUGGAAAAUGUUAUUGUCAGGCCCGGUUCAGAUGCUGAUCUUUUCAUCAGCCGAACCUAAUACAUUGAAUUAAGUACAUGAAAAGUUCGGCGUCUGAAUCAAUUAGGAAUGCCUGUUUCAAUUUGGAACGGCUCAGCUGUUCUUUUUGCCUAGCCUGGCUGAGAAUUACGCCUUUGGGGAGACUUUGGAACGGCUUUGAUUCGGAUGCUAAACUUUUCGUGUACCGAACCUAAUGCAUAAAUUGCUAUAACGUAUUUUGUAAGCAGUUUGACCGAAAUGAGCAUUUUUUGCCAUUUGAUUUUAGUUUAGCUGCAAUUAAGAUCGGCGUCUGAAUCAAUUCAGCCGGUCUAAAUAAUUUGGGUUGGCCUUAAUUUGAAUUAGGUUCGGCUCAUGAAAAGAUUGGCGUCUGAACCAGGCCUAAGCAUCCAUUGUCAGUGACAGGCUACAGAACAAGCACAUUUUUUGCAUAUAUUAGUAAUUAUUGGAGACAACUGCAAGUCAAAACAACAGGGCCAGGUUGUUCAAAGCUAGGUUAAGAUAACUCAGGGUUAGUGCAAAAAAUUUGCUUUCAAAUAUAAAAGCUUGAAACACAUUAUCAUGUUAAGAUGGAAUCCACCAGGAAAUUGAGUAAUUUUAAUUCCCAGUGGACAAAAACCUUGUACCAAAAUAAUUUAAAGAAUAUUGCAUUCUGGCCUAAGGAGGUACUUAGUCAUCUGUAAUAACACCAGAGACUAUUUCUCAUGGGAGCCCGAAAAAAUGAAUGUCAAAUUUCACAAGAAUUGUGAAAACACAGGUAAAAUUCUGAAAAUUUCAUGUGUGAGAUGUAAUUUUGUGAAAUUUCACAUUUAUUUCCUCAGGCUCCUAUAAGAGAUUUUCUUAGGUGUUAUUACAGAUGACUAAUUACAUCUUUAGCCCUUGAAAAAUGUCAAAAAGAAUGCGAUAUUGUUCAAAUUAUUCUGGUACAAGGUUUUUGUCCCAUGAAAACUAAAAUUACUCAAUUUCCUGGUGGAUUCCUUCUAAUUCCUCUUGGCUACUAUUAUCUGAGAAAAUCAUUUUGGACAAAGAAAAGAAACACGAACCCGUGUCAGCACUAAUCACCCUUCAAACUUUAUUUUACUGGGCCCAGUUUUUUUGUAUCCUACUUGUGCUUGAAUUUGUGUUUUUAUGUCAAGCAUAACUCUGGCCCUAGCCUGUUACCACAGAGACUAUACCGUACAUCAGAGGCACCUCUGAAACUAUCACAUAUAUACUACAACCUUACAAUGUACGUGUUACAUGCAAACCUAUAACCAAUCAGAGCACAGACAGGGAAAGUAUAGAAGAUCAAAUGCUGCGACUGAAGGGCCACUCACAGUAGAAAAAUGGCAGAAAUCUUAGAAUGUGACUGACUGUAAAUAGACUCUUAGUUCAACUCUAGUAGUUUAUUCAGCCGUUACUACAAAAGUAUGUGGUCGGAAAAAAUACUGCACAUGAUAAAUUACACAUUAGGUACUCAACAUGCAUGACAUAGAGAAAUCUUUACGUUACAUAAUUAUCAUAUGAGAUUAGAUACUGUUACAACUGACCAAACACAAACGAGCAAGAAGAAAUGAUGACAUCAACAAUCACAUUGCUGAACACUAUUUACAGACAAAACGUCAUAUAGACUGGGACUCUGCCACAUGUUUUAUGUAUUCUACAAGGUACGAUUCCCUUUUAUAAGGUUUACUAACUUAGAACACAUGCCACUGAAUCAUAGUAGGGGUGGCGAAUGGUAAAAUCCGAGACUCCCCGAGACGCCGAGAUCCUAGUUAGAAAUCUGAGCCCGAGACUCUUUAGUAAAAAGUUUCGAGACUCAAAAAAAGUAAAAACAAACCAUGCUAAAACGAGACUUCGAGACUGAUCAAAAAUGCUUUUGAGAUUUCGAGAUCCUACCCAAAUUUUUUUGGACCCACGUUUUUCCAGGUACCAUUCGCCACCCCUCAUAGUCAACAGUUACCUGCACCAUACAAACGACUUAAUGCCUGACUCAAACAAAGCUAACUUCGAGAGAAUGACUGGACAACUAAAACAAUUUGACUAACAAUAAAUGGCUGUUAAACUGUGACAAUAGAUGGAUCGAAACGCACCAUCACUUUACAAGUCUUCAAAGCCAAUAACAUUAUGGCUUAACUGACAGACAACGAAAAACAUGUUGACUUAAUUGACUCAUCAGAUUAAUAACCAGUGUUUAAUACCAUCAACUGAUGUGAUACAACUCACUUUGACUUGGAAGAUGACUACUGCACAGGUUGUUGACACGUCAGUCAUUGACUGUCAACAACAUAGGGGUGUAAAGAUUCAUGUUCCUUGCGGUUCGAUUUAAUUUUGAUUAUUGCCUCUUGAUUUCGAUUAUUUCAAUUCGAUUAUGUAAAUGUUUCUUAAUUCUUAUAACAUAACACGUAAUGUAAACAACAUGCAACCCUAAACCCCCAAUUAUUUGAGAAUAGCAGCAGGGACACGAGAAUUCACAGUCGCUUGGGUCCUCGCCAUGUUUGAGAACCUGACAAAGAGCGUGUCGCACAUAGUUUGCCUUAUUUGGAAAUUCUCAAGGGGUGAUUGAAGGACAGCAUUUUUACCAGGCAACACAAAAUGGCGCACGAAAUGCUAUCGUCUUUGCUCGUCAAUCAUAAACGUACAAUUUAAAGCGUUCUGGAUUCCGAUUUAACAAUAUAAUAACUCACUAAGGACACCCUGGAAGUUCGUGAAUCAAACCGAACGGUCAUAAUCGCGAUUAAUUGAGAAUUUGAUUAAUUGUUACACUACAACAACAACAGUCAUACUCAGGACUACGUUCACCCGGGUGAUCAUACUCAACCUAUGCAUGAACUGAGUGAUGUCUGGCAUGCUGAUUGAUGGAGAGCUCUGGUCGAUAUGAGUGGGUUGAAAUAAUAUUCUUGUAGAUUAUGGUAGGUCAACUCUCUCUAUAAGAUGGAUACCUUGCUAAUACGGACACCGAGAGUUGGUCCCUGCCUUUCUUUACACCUUUUAGUUGACUCUCUAUAAGGCAGACAUCUCUCUAAGACAGACGUAUAGUACAGGUCCCAUAGAACAGUUGACUGUAUCACUUGAUUGCCAGUAACUGUUAAUUGACCCCAGAAAAUAAGGCUGUGUGUAAAAGAAGGAUGCUAAAAUGGAUUUUCACUAUUGUCUUUUCUUUUCUCUUUCUUUCUUUUCUCGUCGUCAGUGUUAUUCUUUUUCAGAUCACCCCAACAUUCUGGGAAUCUGCCCACUCAUCUCUCCCCUAACUUAACAUCAACACUUUGUUCUAACUUAGGGCAAAAUAUUGGUUAGGGAAGGGGUAGGUCAACAGAUUUCUGGGAACUUAUUGUGGUAACUUUGUUUGUUCUUUGUUUAACAGGAGCAACUUCUUGGUUCAUUAGACAAUUUUGAACCAGAACCUCCAGAGACAGAGGAUGAUGAGGUAAGGCUCCUUAAUGGUGUGUGGUGUAUAGCGUAGAGGCAAGUUCUCCAUUUCUGGUGAGCGAAGCAAGGCUCAAGUGAAAUAAAUGGGUGUGCGAGACAGCAAGGGGUGGAGGAAAAAAUAAUUCUCUGCCUUUCGUUCUUCUUUUACUUGCCACUCAUGCAUGACUUCUCGUGACCCCCCCCCCCUCCUAAAUGGAGAGCUAGUUGCUCCCAGGCUAAGGUGUGUCACACAAUUCAGUCGCCGGUAUAGGCCACCAAAUCUGCUGAUGUAAAAUUAAUUGCUUCAGGUGGUAAAAAGAACCAUUUCUUCGAUGCACCAAAAAGAAAAGAAGGCACAAAUUAUUUAGUCUAACCAUUGUUAAAGCUUAUCUCAGAUGUUAUAAGAUAAAUUUUUCAUUGUUGUAUGUGGAUUGGAUUUGUUUAUCAUUUGUCUCUCGAUGGCCACUUCGUUUUGAUCACGACAUUAAGGCAUAUACUCUCAACAGGAAGUGGUGUUGAUUUGCUGAUUAUUCUGCUGAAGUCACUCAGAGACUUCAUAGGAUUAUUUGCACUUUUUUGAUGAAUUUCACCUCUUUAAGUUUGUAUAUUAUUUAGCCCGAGAAAACAGCCAACAUUUGGUACACUACCACUGGUUUCUCCACCAAAUGACGUCUGAGAAACGAGGGCAGAAAUUCCAUACGGAUGACGCGCCACUACCCAGAUCUGGGUAGUGCUUCUGAUUGGUCGUGUCGCAUAGAAAAUUUGUUUCAACCAGUCAGAAGCACUACCCACAUUUGGGUAGUGAUGCAUCAUCAGUAUGGAAUUUUUGCGCUCAUUUCUGAGAUCUCAUUUGGUGGAGAAACCAGUGGUAGUGUUGCCAAAUGUCGGCUGUUUUCUCAGGCUAUAUAUUAUUUCCAUUUUAUGUUUUAUGAUUUCAUAUUUUCCUUUUCUUGUAGUGUAUUGUGUGUAACAGUGCCAAGGCUAUAAUUCAAACAUACCCCUGCAAACACAGGGUAUUGUGUCGUCGCUGCUUUGUCAAGACAUUACAGGUUGCGGUAAACGAUCUUAACCUUCCCCUCAAAUGCGUUGUUUGUCGCACAAGAAUUCAAACCUUGGACAGAGAGCGCCACGAUGUACAUCUAUUUACACCUCCAGAUACACAGCAGCAGCCUGCACAGGAAACGCAAUGUUAA